AUGACGCAGAGCGAUCCAGAGUCAUAUAAUAUAUCAACCUCAAAUAUAAUAACUCCGACGGACCCGCUUAAUAUAUCGUCAUCAUCACCGAUAAAAGCUGUUAAGAAAGAUCGUUUUAUGCCAAGUCCUCUACUAAUAACAACUCCUGUGCCGCUAAAACAAACAUCUCCGAUUCAACAAAAAAUUUCAGAAACAACACAUAAAUCACCCGUGAAUGAAAUUCCCGUUAAAAUAGCUAUUAAUGAUACAUUAUUAGAUGCCGACUCCUUUAUUAAUAAUUUACCUGAAUCGUCGCUUGAAAAGAAGUUACCUGAAUUGCCAAAAUCACCUUCUAUAGUUUCUCAAACUACUGUAAUUUCACAUAGGAGAAAAACAAUUCCUAUUCAAUCCAAAAGAGAUUCAAUCUCUCCAAUUCGAAAAAAAGUUCCAAUAUGUACCACAAAAAAUGAGAAUGAAGAUUCAAAUUUAUUUACUCCUCAAAUAUCACCUUUAAAUUUUGAUGUACUGGAACUUGAUCCAUUACCAAAAGCUCAGCAUUCAUCAAAUUAUAAAGAAUCUACAUUAGCCUCUUCAUUAAAGCGCGGUUUAUCUGAUCCAACUUCAAAUAAUUACACAUUACCAACUAUUAAUAUAUCUUUGGCUAAUGAUACAAAUCCUUGGAAAUUUCAAGGUGAUUCGUCAUCUAAUAGCUUUAAUCUUAAUUCAUCCGAAUUAACAGAAAAUGAUUUUAAUUCUAACGUAAACCAACAAUUUGAUCCGAAAAUUGGAGAGAAAAAAUCAAAUAAUCCAUUCUUGUAUAAAGUGGUUGGUCAAAAAUCAGGAAAUAAAAAGAAAACAUUACCAUCAAUUCAAGAUAGUUCGACUUAUAUAAUGGAAAUGCAAGAAGCACAUACAAUGAAUGGUAAUACAAGUUCUAAGAAGAGAAAUCAACUGGAAUUACCUGUAAAAUCAAAUAAUACUUCACGAAAAUUUUUAUCAACUUCUUAUUCAAGUUCCAAGAAAUCAAAAUCAACAAAUAAACUACCAAAUACAUUAACUGUUACUCUUAGAGAUUCAGGAAAUUUUCAUACAUAUGCUCCAUCCGAUGAUUUAAGAUCGGUAUCAACAGGACGAACAAAACAAAAAACAUUAAAACCUGUACAAAUUCCAAAAUCUCCUUAUAAUUCUGUACGACCACAACGGAACACUUUAUCACCAAUUAGCACAUUAAAGAAAAAUCCUUUUCUUAAACAUAUUAAAACGAAACGUUCCGAAGAUCAUAAUUUACCAGAAUACACUUCAUCUAAAAGUAAAAUGUCAUUUAUGGUACCACAUAGUCUUGCAUCAGUGGAAUAUAGAAAAAAUAAUCGUUCAGUACCAGAUCUUACAGCACGUACAAGACAUUCCAAAUUCAAUAGGGCAUUCCGAAAAAAUAAUGUGACCGUACCAGAUUUCACUCGAGUUAAUGUUGUGACGAAAGAUUCCAUUGGAAAGAAGGAUGCAAAUGUUAAUAAUGUGGAAUUUAAAAAUGAUACCGACUUAAAUCCAUCAAAAGUAACAAAAUUUAGUAUUAAUAUAUUUGAUAAAUCAGAAUCAAGUGAUUUAUUCAAACCUGGAGCUCCAUGGAUACAGUUAUCUUAUUUAGAUGAAUAUAUUAAAAGUUUACCACCUACCGAAUUUUCUGAUCCUAAAGAUUUAAUGACUAAAGAAGAAUAUGAAAAGUUUGUGAAAGAUUGUAAAUCUGUUAAACACUCGGAAUUAAUAUUUCCACCAAUACAUCAAAUUCCUGAUGGUAUUUCUCUAGAAGAUCUCGAGAAUAAUAUGCUUAAAAAACCGUCAACAUUUCUUGGUAUUCAAAUGACACAAGGAAGACGAAAUGAUUGGUUGGAUGCUGCUAUUGAUGGCGUACUUGCUGUAGAAGGAGUAAUUGGAAUUGAAACUUCACCUGAUAAAUUGACUAUAUUAGAAAUUAUAAGAGACUUUAUACAAUUUUUAACACUUGUACUAUCAUUUGAAAAUCCUGGAAUAUUUCAAAGUUGGGUAAAGAUAUUAUUGGAUACAAUUCCAAACUUAUUUAGUUUAAAUUUGGAUCGUGUAUUUGGAAAUGCAAUAGCAUUCUUUUUGGUAUUUUGUGUUAUUGCAUUUGGAGCUUUGUAUUGGUUUAGAAUGAUGACUAAAUGGGAUCCUAACGCUGAUGUUGAGGGACUUGAAUCAUCGCCAUGGAAUCUACGUCCAGAAACAAAACGCCGGCAAAAUAUAAUAAUAACGUUCUUGUUAACCACUCUUUAUCUUCCAAUAUCAAAACUUUCAAUUGACGCUUUAGUAUGGGGUGAUACAUUCUGGGCAAUACCGAAUCCAUAUAUUUAUAGUGAUACACCAGAUUUUAGUUACUAUAAUAAUAUGACAGACAAUAGAAAUCCUAAUGAUUUUUGUUAUGUUACUAGUAUGAGAGAAGGUGAUUUAAAUUUUUCACCAGUAAUUAUAGGGGUUGCAUUGGUAACACUUGUACUAUUGACUUUUUGGUUUCCCUUUGCUUUGAAAAAGUUGGUGGAUAAGAAUGCUCCUAAGGUUGAUGAAUACAAUGAAGUUGGUGAAAGUGUUGCAGAUAUAAAUGGUGAAUAUAGAAAAUUAUUGGAGAAGGAUACCUGUCCUUAUAAUUUUUUGUAUAACGUUUCAUUAAUAUCCAAAGAUAAUUGUAUAUUCCGAAACACACCACGAACUCGUAUAGAAUCAAUUCGUCAAGGUUUACAAAUUGUUCUCAUGGUCUUAUUAUUUUUUAUCCACUGGCGAAACGAACCCUAUAUCAUUGCUACACAAAAUGCUAGUGAAUAUUGGACACGAUCUGGUUAUGUGAUCACUGUAAUUCUCGGAAUGAUUGUAGUAUUAAAAGUUGGUCCAUAUCAGGGAAUCUCUAUAAGUAUCAUAGUUAUUAAUUGUAUUGUUGGAAUAGCAAUGGUAUGGUAUAUACUUAAAGAUACACAACCUUAUCAAAAUUUCAAACAUAUUAAACGACGUAUAUGGCAAGAAACUUGGACUACUUUAUUUUUAACAUCUGAAAGAUUUAAAAUGGAAAAAGAUAAGAUUGUAGCAUAUUCUCAAUCACCAUAUCGACCUCCAUAUUUAUUAAAUUUUAUGGGCAGUGUAGCAGAACGACAUGUUGAGAACCUUAAAAUUAUAAGGCAAAUUGGAAUAAGACGUUAUACUGCAUCAUUAUCUCCUUUACCUAGUUCUUUAGUAGCAUUAAGAACAAGAAUAUUGAAUAAUUAUGUAGGACCAGAUAUGUAUUAUGCACCGGAAUUUUUAAACAUUAAGAUAAAAACAUGUUUCGGUAAAGCAUAUGUAGUGCCAUUUCCGUUUAGUGUAGUAAUGUGUUAUGAUGAAGAUGAAAGUGUAGUAGUAUUAACACAGGAAUGGGAGAUUCAACGAUACGUGGAUCAGAAUGAAAAUAAAGAAGUGAGGCGAAGGAAAUUGGUUAGGCAGAUGAUUAGAGCUUUGGAGGAAAAGGUUGUCAUUGGUCCUUGUCGUAAUAAGGGAGACAAAAAUAAUAACUUUGAAGGGUACAAUAAAGUUCAAAAGAAAUUCUUUGGCGCAUCAUCAAAUUCAGAAGUGCAUUAUCACCGAGGACUUCUUCAAAUCAGACGUAAUCAACUAUCAACAUGGAAUGGUCAUAAUAUGAAUUCCGGAUUCGAAGUUGCCAUCAUGUAUACAAACGAAUUUAAUCCUAGCCCUGACCAUGAACGAACAGUUGGUCAUGAUAUUAUCGGAAUCACACAUGAUUUUCAGAUGACACCACAACUUGAACGAUUGUUUACUGAUAACUAUGAAAUCGUGUCUAAAGGUUUGGAUCAGAUUCAGUCGAUAAUGCAAAAAUAUAGAAAGUAUUAUAGGGAUGAAGCCAUUCAAAAAGAAGAAACUUUAUCAUAUGGAUUCUUUAUAAAUAUAUAUGACAAUCCUUCGAUACCAUUGGAAACUUUACCUACCUUGUUAAUGACCACUGAAACAAAUCCAAAAGUUCAAGAAAUACCAGUGACCGAUUAUCCAACACUCAUUUAUUUAUAUGAAAGAAUGAGAAUAGUGAAUUUAUCGAGAGCUCAUCAAUGGUGGUACUUAUUUUGGGAAGAUCUCUGGCGAAAAAAUAAUCAAGAGAUAGAAGAAUUAAGAAAAUAUGUUCAAGAUUUUUCACCAGCAUAUAGAACCAGUUUAUGUUACAGACCGAUGACUAGAUUAGAAUUGGAAAAAUUUUUGAAAAAUCGUGGAAUUUGGAAAAAUGAAGGUCGAAAUGGGUUCUUACAUAGUGGAGUUUUAAAUAGGAUUUAUUUAUAUUUAAAUAAUGUCGUAUUCACACGGCAAUCCAGUUCUAAAAGAAAAAAUGGCGAAGUUGAAGUAGUACCGAGAAAAUGGAGGAUAACAAGAGGAAAAAUUAUUGAUGAUUAUCAUGAAUAUAAUACAUUACUUGGAAAAAUUAGGAGAAAUGUGAAAGAACGUGAUGGCUUAUUAAAAUUAUAG